AUGCUGCCAUUGCCUGACGAAGUACCUGCUAAAGAGUGUGAAAAAAUCAUUGGUUGCUACUAUGAAAUAAACUUCCCUGAUGAUGACGGAGGUCUAUUGAUAAAUGACAUCGAUAUACAUCUUUGCACACACGUAUUUGUCAGGUACGGAGGAAUUGGUACAAACGCUUCUGUUGAAAUUGAUGAGCCAUACAGAGAUGUUGAAAAGGGACUUAAGGAUUUCAACAAUCUUCGAAAAAAGAACCCAAAGUUAAAAACCAUAAUUUCAAUGCAGGUCGAGUAUGAUGAAUCUACGAACAAUAACGAUUUUAUAAUAUUGACUGAUCCAAAUCUGCGAGAAAAUCUUGUUAAUAAUAUUAUAAAAUUUGUGAAAAAAUACGGAUUUAAUGGUAUAGACAUUGACUAUUCAGAACCUCCUUCGCGUAGUGGACAUCCUUCUGAAAAGAAAAAUUUCGUCCUGCUCCUAAAGACACUCAGAGAAAGAUUCGAUAAAGAAAGUCUCAUUUUAUCCGUGAAAGUUGAUCCUAAUGAAGCGACUGCUAAGCGAUUCUAUGAUAUUAAAGGAAUAACCACGUAUGUCAACUUCAUAAAUUUGAAGACAUAUGAAUUUCACGGAAACUUUCAGGAGGAGAAAAAAGUUGGUCAUACUUCCCCAAUCUAUCAUUCAUCAAAAGAAACUGGAGAGGAACGCAAGAGGAACAUUGAUUAUGUUGUGAAAUACUGGAUUUCGCAAUUUGCGCCACCUAGCAAGUUAAUACUAGGAACAACAUUUAAUGGAGCAUCCUAUACGCUGGCUAACUCAAGACAAAUUGGUGAUGGCGCACCAACCACAGAAGAGCAUGGACAAUAUUAUGCUUUUACCGGAUAUAACCAAAUAUGUAACUUGAUCAAAAAAUGGACUUACUUUUACGACAAAGAACAGCAAGUUCCAUAUAUUUACAAAGGGAAUCAAAUUAUCGCCUAUGAUGAUGUACCUUCAUUAAUGGUGAAAGCUGAAUAUGCUAAGAAAAUGCAGCUUGGUGGUGUUAUGGUUGAUAGCAUAGAUGACGAUGAUUACGCUGGAGCUUGCGGAGAAAAAUUCGUACUUCUGAAGACCUUGAACCGGGUUUUCAGAAGCAAAUGUUAA